CAGAGAUCCAUUUUCAGUUUGGUUUCGGGUUGCCUGGAGUGUGGUCUGGUAACCUGAGGACACGAGAUCUCCCUUGUCUGUCCCUCAAAAGCUGGGUGUGAGCAGCCUAUCGGUUCAUUGCAGGGUGGAGUGUCCCAUUCUGUGGCCAAGAUGUGGCCGUCCGUGUCCAUCCUGUGUGUCCUGGUGGCCUUCGCCAAUGCUCGCAGCAUUCCUUACUUCCCUCCCCUCUCCAGUGACUUGGUCAACCACAUAAACAAGCUCAACACCACCUGGAAGGCAGGGCACAACUUCCAAAAUGCUGACAUGAGCUAUGUGAAGAAGCUCUGUGGCACCUUCCUGGCUGGGCCCAAGCUCCCUGAGAGGGUGGACUUUGCUGCAGACAUGGAGCUGCCCGAUAACUUCGACUCACGAACACAGUGGCCCAACUGUCCCACCAUCAGCGAGAUAAGAGAUCAGGGCUCCUGUGGCUCCUGCUGGGCUUUUGGCGCCGUAGAAGCGAUUUCAGACCGAAUCUGUGUCCACACCAACGCCAAGGUCAGUGUGGAGGUGUCAGCUGAGGACUUGCUGUCAUGCUGUGGCUUCGAGUGCGGCAUGGGGUGCAAUGGUGGUUACCCCUCUGGUGCGUGGAGGUACUGGACAGAGAGGGGCCUCGUGUCUGGGGGCCUCUACGAUUCCCAUGUGGGCUGCCGUCCCUACUCCAUCCCACCCUGCGAGCACCACGUGAACGGCUCCCGGCCCCCCUGCACCGGGGAAGGAGGGGGAACCCCGAGAUGCAGCCGGCACUGUGAACCUGGAUACUCACCCUCCUACAAGGAGGACAAGCACUAUGGCAUCACCUCCUAUGGAGUCCCUCGCAGUGAGAAGGAAAUCAUGGCUGAGAUCUACAAGAAUGGCCCAGUGGAAGGAGCCUUUAUUGUCUAUGAGGAUUUCCUGAUGUACAAGUCUGGGGUGUACCAGCACGUGUCUGGGGAGCAGGUUGGAGGCCACGCCAUCCGGAUCCUGGGCUGGGGGGUGGAGAACGACACCCCGUACUGGCUGGUGGCCAACUCCUGGAACACCGACUGGGGGGACAACGGCUUCUUCAAAAUCCUCCGAGGGGAGGACCACUGCGGCAUCGAGUCCGAGGUCGUGGCCGGCAUCCCCAGGACGGAGCAGUACUGGAAGAGGAUGUAACAGGCUUGGAUCAAACCACAAAUAAUCCUGAGUCCCUGAUGCUUUUAACUGAUAGCGGGUUGGGUGCAGAGACCCCCCUUUCUAAGAGACUAUAGUUGAGAUUACUUUAUUAAAGCUUUUUAUCUUUUUAUCUUUUCUU